GCGGGAUCAGACACUCACAUCGAUCUCCCCAUCUCCCACAACCCAGCGUCACCAAUUCAUGCUAGUCCACCAUCACCAUCAUUAUCUCUCGCAUCCCAUCCAUCACCUACGCCGCUAUGUGCACCAUCGACCCAACGGAAGCCGAAUACGACCCCCUGACGUUCCCGAGGGAUGAAUGGCCCUGCCAGAGCUACUUCUACCCCCCGAUCAAGUACAUGCCUGCCGCUCAGCGUAUCCGCUUCCCUUCGCAGCGCAGAAGGCCAGCCGCAAGAUUGCCAACGUGUUGCGCGAGGGGCGUGUUGGGGGUAUUGAAGAGGUCGACUUCACCAUGGGCGUUGUGGAUGCUAUUAUUGAGCUCAACGACCAGCUGCGCUAUGAGCACGGCUGGCUCAACCGAGGGAAGCCAGACUCCCCCGAUGAGUGGCACGACUGGAUCAAAGAGGCGACUGGUGACAUUGUGCAGGUGGUACGUGUUCGCAACCGUCCCCCGACCUUGUUUUCUCCCCUUUUUCUAUUCUCACGCAUUCCAUCACCUUGUUUGCUAUUGACGAAUUCAGGCUCGAGACACCUUCAACGCCAACGCACCUGGCUGCGGGGCCAUCAUCGACAAGUGGGACGCCAGCGGCCGCGAUGCGGUAGUUCACUCCUGCAUGGAUCACAUGUGGCGCGUCACGGAUUCCGGGGGCCACCGCGACCGCGAGCUGAUUCCUUGGGACAUUGCCAGCCCCUACCUCUAUCACCAUGUGCCCGUCCAAGUUGCGCCCAGUGACCUACACGUGGGCUGGCGUUGACGAUCUCGUGCCACAUUACCUGGACGACCCGCGAGGUGUCGCCGACCUUAACCAUGUCGACCAAAUCGACGCCCCAGUCGUCGCCGAAAAGCGCCAAGAGCGCCAAGAGCACCAAGAGCGCAAAGAGCGUCAAGAGCAAUGCGUCCACCUCCAUUGAUACGUGAUCGGCACUCCCAUUAUGGGAGACGAGUACGCGGAGGAUGUGGAGCACGAGGCCUUGCUGCCGAACCACCAAAUGAAGGAUGCGGCCUGCCAGACCUAACCACUGAGCGACUGGGCAUCAAUUCAAUUUGUAACUAGUACUUGCUGGCUCGCUGCGC